UGAGAGGAAAAGAGGAAAACUGAGCCACAGCCACGACGGUGGACGCGAGCGUCUCCUGUCUGCGCAUGCGCCCGCUCAGCGGCCUGCUUCUAUUUAUGUGGGGGAUCCAACAUGGCGGCUGCGGCGACCCUGGCGAUGGCGGUGGAGCCCAUCAGAACAUAGUGGCGGGGAAGGGGGCACGGUCCGCACUCACGGUGGCGUCGGCAGAGACGACUGAGGGCGGUGGAGGGAAGAAAAGCGACGGAAAGCGAAAGGAAGGGCGGGCAGGCAGACAACUCGGCGUAGAACCGAGCGCCGGCUCGAGCGAAGGCAGAGGGCCAGAACAGUGGGGAUGGCGGAGCCACGCAGAGUAGCGUUUAUUAGCCUGUCACCGGUGAGGCGGCGCGAGGCCGACUACCCGGGGGCCGAACGCGAGCCCGAAUACCCUCGCGAGCCCCCCCGGCUGGAGCCGCAGCCGUACCGCGAGCCGGCCCGGGUGGAGCAGCCGGCCCCGCGGGAGGCUGCCCCCCGGUCGGACGCGCAGCCCCCGCCGCGGGAGAAGCCGCUCCCCCAGCGCGAGGUCAGCCGCGCCGAGCCGCCCAUGUCGCUGCAGCGGGAGCCCCCGCGGCCCGAGCCGCCGCCGCCGCCUCUCCCUCAGCUGCACUUGCAGCCGCCCCCGCCACGAGAGUCGGCUUCCCGGGCCGAGCCGCAGCAGAGGCCGCCGAGGGAGACAGUGCGCCUGGAGCUAGUGCUCAAGGAUCCCACCGACGAGAGCUGCGUGGAGUUCAGUUACCCGGAGCUGCUGCUGUGCGGAGAACAACGGAAGAAGCCCAUUCACACAGAAGACCCAUUUAAUGAUGAACAUCAAGAGAGGCAAGAAGUGGAAAUGUUGGCUAAGAAGUUUGAAAUGAAAUAUGGUGGGAAACCCCGUAAACAUCGGAAGGAUCGGCUUCAAGAUUUAAUUGAUAUAGGCUUUGGCUAUGAUGAGACAGAUCCAUUUAUUGAUAACUCAGAGGCUUAUGACGAGUUAGUUCCUGCUUCUCUAACAACAAAAUAUGGAGGCUUUUACAUCAACACUGGCACACUGCAGUUUCGCCAAGCUUCAGAUACUGAAGAAGAAGAUAUUACAGACAACCAGAAGCACAAGCCACCCAAAAUUCCCAAAAUAAAAGAAGAUGACAUUGAAAUGAAGAAGCGGAAGCGGAAAGAGGAGGGGGAAAAGGAGAAGAAGCCAAGGAAAAAAGUACCCAAGCAAUUGGGAGUUGUGGCUCUAAAUUCCCACAAGUCUGAAAAAAAGAAGAAACGUUAUAAAGAUUCUCUUUCUCUAGCUGCCAUGAUACGAAAAUUUCAGAAAGAGAAGGAUGCAUUAAAGAAGGAGCCUAACCCCAAAGUCCCAGUGAACUUAACAUCCUCCUCUCUGAAUAAACCCCCCUCCACUGCUGUAGCAUUGGGAAAUGACGUCUCGGACUUAAAUCUGAACAGUGCUGAUCCGGACCUCCCUAUUUUUGUUGGCACAAAUGAACAUGAACUGUUUCAGGAAGCUGAAAAUGCCCUAGAGAUGCUAGAUGAUUUCGACUUUGACAGAUUACUGGAUGCUGCUUCUGAUGGUAGCCCCCUCUCCGAGUCAGGGGGAGAGAAUGGAAACACCACCCAGCCAACCUAUGCCUCUCAGGUUAUGCCCAAGGUGGUGCCUACACUCCCAGAGGGUCUACCUGCUCUUCUUGAAAAACGCAUUGACGACCUCCGUGUAGCUGCCAAACUUUUUGAUGAAGAAGGAAGGAAAAAAUUCUUUACACAGGAUAUGAAUAAUAUUCUUCUGGACAUCGAGUUACAGCUACAGGAACUAGGCCCUGUCAUCCGUAGUGGUGUCUACUCCCAUCUUGAAGCUUUUGUGCCAUGCAAUAAAGAAACACUGGUAAAACGUCUAAAGAAGUUACAUCUCAACGUCCAGGAUGAUCGUUUAAGAGAACCUCUGCAAAAACUGAAACUGGCUGUUAGCAACGUGAUGCCUGAACAGCUAUUUAAAUACCAGGAGGACUGCCAAGCUCGUAGUCAAGCUAAGUGUGCCAAGUUGCAAACAGAUGAAGAACGAGAAAAAAAUGGAUCCGAGGAAGAUGAUGAUGAGAAACCAGGGAAACGUGUCAUUGGACCAAGAAAGAAAUUCCACUGGAAUGACACCAUCAGAACUUUGUUAUGUAACCUUGUUGAGAUCAAAUUGGGAUGCUAUGAGUUAGAGCCAAAUAAAAGCCAGUCCGCUGAGGAUUAUCUUAAAUCCUUUAUGGAGACAGAGGUGAAACCAUUGUGGCCUAAGGGCUGGAUGCAGGCAAGAAUGCUUUUUAAGGAGAGCCGGAGUGUACAUAAUCAUCUUACUUCUGCUCCGGCAAAGAAAAAGGUGAUUCCUGCACCUAAACCCAAAGUGAAGGAGUAUAGUCCAAAAAAGGACCAGAAAACUCCUGCAUCCUUGGCGGCUUCCGUUGGUGGUCCCUCAGUGAGCUCUAGCACAUCUGCGGUGGCCUCUGCCAGCUCUAGCUCUACACCAGCCCAGGAGACCAUCUGCCUUGAUGACUCACUAGAUGAAGACCUUUCUUUCCAUCCACCUGCACUGGAUCUUGUUUCUGAAGCUUUAGCUGUUAUCAACAAUGGGAACAAAGGCCCUCCAGCUGGCUCAAGGAUAAGCAUGCCAACUGCAAAACCUCGCCCAGGACUGAGAGAAGAAAAAUUAGCAAGUAUCAUGAGUAAGUUGCCGCUGGCUGCUCCUAAAAAACUAGAUUCUCCUCAGACUGCACAUUCAUCCAGUCUUAUUGCCGGUCACACAGGGCCAGUACCAAAGAAACCCCAGGAUUUAGCUCAUACUGGCAUCUCUUCAGGCCUUAUCGCUGGUUCUUCAAUUCAGAACCCUAAAGUUUCCUUGGAACCUUUGCCAGCCAGGCUGCUUCAACAAGGACUACAGAGGUCGAGUCAGAUUCAUGCUGCUUCCUCUUCACAGACCCACGUGUCCUCUUCUUCCCAAGCCCAAGUUGCUGCCUCCUCUCAUGCUCUGGGAACACCUGAGGCCCAGGAUGCUUCUUCGUUAACACAAGUAACAAAGGUGCACCAGCAUUCAGCUGUCCAACAAAACUAUGUGUCUCCAUUACAAGCAACCAUUAGUAAAUCACAGACCAACCCAGUGGUGAAAUUAAGUAAUAAUCCCCAACUUGCCUGUUCAUCCCCGCUUAUUAAGACUUCGGAGAAGCCACUCAUGUACCGCCUUCCCUUAUCGACUCCCUCACCUGGAAAUGGUUCUCAAGGGUCCCAUCCCCUGGUUUCUAGGACAGUACCCAGCACCACUACCUCCAGUAACUACUUAGCCAAGGCUAUGGUGUCACAGAUGUCCACGCAGGGUUUCAAAUCUCCCUUCUCAAUGGCUGCAUCCCCCAAACUUGCCGCAUCUCCAAAACCUGCCACAUCUCCUAAACCCUUGCCCUCGCCUAAGCCUUCUGCCUCGCCUAAGCCCUCUCUGUCAGCUAAGCCUUCAGUAUCAACUAAACUUAUUUCGAAAUCCAACCCUGCUCCCAAGCCUCCUGUACCCCCAAGCUCUUCCAGUCCAAAUGCACUCGUAGCCCAGAGUAGCCACUCCAGCGGUAACAACCCAGUCCACAAACAGCCCAGUGGGAUAAACCUCAGCAGACAGUCGCCCACCUUGAAUUUGCUGCCCUCCAAUCGCACUUCAGGCCUUCCAGCCACAAAAAAUCUUCAGGCCCCUUCAAAGCUCACCAACUCCUCGUCCGCUGGAACUGUUGGGAAGAAUAGCUUGAGUGGCAUCGCAGUGAAUGUACCUGCCAGCAGAGGUAGCAGCCUAAACUCAAGCGGAGCGAAUAGGACUAGUCUCUCUGGGGGAACAGGAAGUGGAACACAGGGUGCUACUAAACCGUUGUCUACUCCACACAGACCAUCCUCUGCCUCAGGGUCUUCAGUGGUAACAGCCAGUGUGCAGUCCACAGCAGGAGCGUCAUUAUUGGCUAAUGCCUCACCUCUGACUCUCAUGACAUCACCUUUGUCUGUAACAAAUCAAAAUGUGACUCCUUUUGGGAUGCUGGGUGGCCUUGUUCCAGUGACCAUGCCCUUCCAGUUUCCCUUGGAGCUACUUGGCUUUGGAACGGACACAGCUGGAGUGACAACCACCUCGGGAUCUACCUCAGCCGCUUUCCACCAUAGCCUAACUCAGAAUUUACUAAAGGGUUUACAGCCAGGAGCUCAGCAUGCAGCAACACUUUCCCACUCACCUCUGCCUACACAUUUACAGCAAACAUUCAAUGAUGGAGGCCAAAGUAAAGGGGACACUAAAUUACCACGGAAAUCUCAGUGACUUCCCAGCAAGCAAUGGAGAUGAGACAUUCAGCUGGCUGAUGGAAUCUACCUGAUGGGAAAGUCCUCUUGUGGUCAUAGGGCUGCUGUUCUGUCGAUGUUUACAUUCUCUCGUCCCAAGCACUGUGGUGAGGAGGAAAAAAGGAAAGAGAACGUUACUUGAGUAAAGCCAGGUGCAGGAGGAAGAAAUGCAUUCGUGCAAAGUUAGUGACCUUUGGUCUCCUCUAAAGAAAGACAAAGUUAUAUUAACUGACUUGAAAGAGACUCAGUUGUCAAACCCACAGAAGUACAAAUUUGAUUUUUUCCCCGGCGGGGGGAGGAAGAAGGAAUCUGAGGAUUUGGGUAUACUCCAUCCAUCCUGGGGGCUGGAUCUGAGCACUUGUAGAUAUAAUUGCAUAAUAAAAGGCAAUAUAUCUGGAAUUAGGCCAGUUUGUCAGGAGUAACAAUCAUGUCUAUUUGAGUGGACUAUGCAGCAAAUUGCCACACAAAUUUUAAUGACCCUGUGUCUGAUACAGACAGUAGCUGAGUAAAUAUCAUACCCUCACACAAUCCUGAACAAACUUGAAUCUUCUCCAGUGUGUAGCACCUCCCCGUGUAAAUCAGUGGACUAAAGAGGCUUCAGGAAAGUUAUUUUAGCACAGUGAUAUAUAUUAUUAAAUCAUCAAGAUUUUUAAAAGUCAAGAAAUUGAGCCUGUUGCUCUUAACAGACGAAACUUAGAUGCCCCCUUUUUGUAAAAGGGUCAAUUUCGUCUUCCAUUCAGAAGCAGGUACUUAACUCUUCUUCAGGUGAUUUGUGCAUCUGGUAUUGACUGGUUAAUUCUUAUUUCCAUUCUUGAUGUUAAAAUGUGACUUUGUUCACAUUUUUCUCUUCAGAAAUGGGGAUCUUUGACGUAGGGCUGCGACUUUGGUGCUCUUAGCCCUUGCAGGCCUACCGCUCUGAACUGUAGAUUUCCCCAGCUUCCCCUCAGUUCACAACUUCUCCUGGUCUUUUAGCUAGUGGUACUUCAGGUGAUAUAGAUAGGUGUAAGUGUGUACUGCACAUGCCUCUUCAUUGGUCAUUCAAAUGGCAUAUAUUAUAUUUUUGGAAUUUUUAAGAUAGUAUUUUAAAGGGAGGAAUUACAUUAGAUCAUGUGUACAAGGGAUUAUUUUUUAUAACAAUCACAAUGUAUUUUUACUCCCUGUAUCCAGUGUAGUGAAAUGGAUUUGGAGCAUUUGGGAUCUUAAAGCUUUAUUAAUAUUUACUGAGAAUAUUGAUACAUUAGUAAACCUGCAGACAGUAGUAAGACUGCUUAGUUAUCAUCGCUUCCUUAUGCAAAUACAUAUUCAACAAAGGAUGUUAAGGGAGAAAUUUAUGGUUCUUUUUGGAUACAUUUGAUUUUUUUUUCAUCAUCAUUGGUCUUGUCUCUAUCAAUCUCUCUCUCUCACUCUUUUUUUUCUCCCUAUUUAGACUUCUGAAUGUCUUUAAACCGUACCCAAGAUUGGUGUAAGCUUGAUCCAUUUAUAACAAACUCACCUAAAAAAAACGGCAUCAGAUUGGUAGUAGCAAGAUUUGCAUGUUUUCAUUACAAGUCACCCUAUACCUUCAGAUUUAUUUAAAUAAGUGCAUUAAUGUGGCCUUUUUUUCCUUUUUAAACAUAAGUCCCAAAUAGCCUACAGGACUGAAUGAGUUACCACAGAUCUGUUCAGAUCUGUGUGUUACCUGUAUUUUGACUUCAGAGUCACAUUGGCUUGCUUCAUAGUAAAAAGUUAAUAAGUAACUGAAAACUUUAUUUCCAAAAUGUUACAGUAAUGCAGAGGACUGUUUCAGAGAAAUCAUUGCUAUAAUUACUUGCCUCUAAGAAUUUAGUUUACCAGUAGAACAAAUAAGAAUGUUGUGUCCACCCCAGAGGAUGCUUCCAAAGGAUAUUGCGAUGUUGCCUAGAGGUUUGACUUGAAUUGAAUAUGUUUGAUUAAAGAUUGUUUGGUUUAUUUAAUUAGGGAAGCUUACCCAAUUCUUGAGUUAUUCCAAUGUAGUAUACCUGUUGCUCUUACCUAAUGUGGGGAAAAAAAAAAAAGUCUUUUCUAAUACUGUCUGUAUAGGGAGUUUGCCUUUGGGAAGCUGACCUUGGUCUCACUUCCCGAACCAAGAGUCAGAGUGCAUAUUAAUCUCUCUUCCUGCUGAUAGUUGUGCACGUGUUCAUCUGUGUGUAUACAUAAAUUUAUUUCUAUAUAAAAAUGCAUCACUAGUUUAGGUCAGGGAAUAAUUUCAGUUUCUGAAAUCCAUCAGUUCUGAAUCAUGCCAUGUGAAGAUCCCUGAUGAUUCUUUUGUCUCCGUUAGAGAAGAACAGGAUUAUCAAUUCUUCCCCCAAGUAUUAUUUUGUAACUAACCAGUAAAAAUAUCUGAAGGCCCUUGGCUCUGAGAAGUCCAUAUACAGGGAGGUGAUAUUCUGUUCUCUUCGGUCUUGAUUCCGUGAGGACUGCUGCCAGAUCCUGCCCUCAGCCCCAUACCACAUUUUCACUAACUUACGUCCAUUUCAAUCAAGUCUACCCUUUUGUGUUGUACAGAUGAAACAAGCAUCCUUUUAUUUCUAAAUAGAUAAGUAUGAUCAGAGAGCUCCUACCUGUAAAUACAGAACUAUUUCUUUUCUAGAUCAUAACAUUGAAAAUGGUGUCCAUACUUUACCGGCACCUGUCUUUACAGUUUUUCUUACUAAAUACAGACAUAUAAAUUGGUUAUUUUUUAGCCCAGAGACUUUUGACUCAUACUGUAUUUUUGCACUUAAAAGUCAAAUUAUGUUAUUUUUUAAAUGGUGAGUAGUCAGAAAGGAUAUAGAGCAACGUGUAUUUCUGAAGAGCAUUAGCAACAUCCCAAUGCAAAAAUAAUCAGCACACUUGAUUAUGUCCCACUCGGCGGGACUCUUGAUUCAGGAAAAUUAAGCUGUUCGUUUUCAACUGUCUUGUAUUUAAAUUGCCUUCACUGAUGUAUAAGCUGUUACUGUACAUACAAGUUAAUCCUCAGUAUUCACAAGCAAUAACGGUCAGCGGAGUUGUCUUCAGAGACAGCCGUGCUGAGCCUCGGUUGGAGACUGUUUGGGAGCAAAGUGUCAAGCUCAUUCAGAGCCUCCAGAAUCAAUGCAAGCAAUAAUUCCACUAUAACUCAAUGAUAAUUCUUUCUCAUAUGCUUCUGAGAUCAGAGGGUAAAAGAAAUCAGGGGUUUAAGAUCAGCCUGAAGAAAAACGUUUGGGAAAAAGAGUGAAGUUAAUCUGAAGUCGCAGAAUCCUGAUAUUCUGAGGAAAUCAGAGGCUCGUGUUCAUACAUUCUUUUAUGCCUGCCACCCCUUUGAUGGAUGUUGUUAGCCCAAAUUACGUUUUUUUUUAAUAUCACAGAAGUUGAGUAGGGUUUCUUGCAUCACCAAGGUAGGAGGAAGAACCGGGCACAUACUUGUUUGGAUACUGUGGGUUUGACACCUGUUGAAAACAACUUACUGGAAAAGAUUUUUAACCCAGGAUUUUUUUUUUUUUUUUUUUUUUCCCUUCCCAAAGCAGAUCUAAAUUGUUUACUACCCAGGGUUGGAAAGGGCAGGCCCCUCUAGUCUUUCUUCUCCGGUUGCCCUUACCACACCCCUUCCCUCCUCUACUUGGUUCACGACAGUUUCUGAGAUGGAAACUCUACUGUUAUUCCAACUGCCAUUGAUUGUGAGAACUCUCUGUCCCUUGGGACAGUCUCCUAGAACUCCAGUUGUCUAUCAUAUUUGCUGCUACACUUGUAUAAUGAACUUUGCCUGUAUUGGUCGAUUAUAAUCUGAUUUACAGUUCUUUAUCUCUUGGAGGUUUUGUCAUAUAACUUGACCCAUACAUAGAGUUAGGAUACUUUAUUUUAGGAGUGUACCAUAAAAGCACACUGGUCCCGGAAUUCUUUUUAUUAUCAUGUAGGUUUUGAAUUUGUGUUGGCUUCUUUUUUUGUUUGUUGCUGUUUUGUUUCUCUUUGUUUUAAAUUAGAAAUAGCAGAGUGAGAAAAAUCUAUAAUCAGGCCGAACUUGAGAACUUUCCCUUGUGCUUCAGCACUGUAGUUUCUGCUGACCAUAUGUUCUCAAAAGGGGCACUUGUACUUUCUAUUGUGCAUGUAUGAUUGUUUUGUUUUGUUUUUUGCUUUUGUAAUAAUGAAACAGAAAUGCAGUAGUGGGUAAAUGACCGAUUACAAACAUGUUAUACAGUUUUAUUUCAUAAAAUUGAAGGGGAAAAGUUUAACUCUCUGUAAAUCAUUUCUUAGCUCUGGUAAAAUGCUUAUAUUACUCCUCUAAAACAUGCUCAAUUCAGGCCUUUGUCUUUGUUAAGUGCCUUUUUUUUCUUUCUUUUUCCCCCUCUUAAAAGUGUUCUCAGAUAUCCUAAGUACAGGCUUAUAAGUCAGGGGAUUCAGGAGGAAGAAUCUCAAACUUGCCAACGUCAUGUCAUGCUGUAAUAUUCUUCCUUUUCUUUAUAUGUAUAAGGAUAUAUGUGUAAGAUACAUAAUACAUAUAUAUGUGUAUAUAUAUGUAUACAUAUGUAAUAUAUAUAUAUAUAUAUAACUAGUAGCUGCUGUACCAUUGCAUCCUUUCCAAACACAGCCCUUUCGAUGUUUGCAAAA